ACGCACUGCUCUGUGUUUAAUAACUUGAGCAGUCACGACCAGACAAAGAUCAGUUGCAAAUAUCACGCUGAACAGAAUGGAUACGGACAAUACCAGCACGCCUCUGAGAGAAGGAUUCCUGGUGAAAAGGGGUCAUGUGGUUCACAACUGGAAGGCGCGCUGGUUCGUGCUGAUGCCAGACAAGCUGCUGUAUUACAAGUACGAAGGAGGCAAGAAGGACUCGUGUCAGCGAGGGAAGAUCCUCCUGAAGGACUGCGUGAUAACGUGUCCUUUUCUGGAGUACGAAAAUCGACCGUUGGUAUUCAAGCUGCAGACAAAGGAUGGGGUGGAUCACUUUUUGGAGGCCUGUUCCCGAGAGGAGAGAGAUGACUGGGCAGAUGACAUCACCGCUGCCGUCGUCAAGCUGCGGCCGUCUGAAGAUGGGGAGGUGGCAAAGCAGCCGCACGCCGCUGGAUCCCAGUUACAUGACAUCAAUCUGAGCAAGGUGUUGGACUGCAUGUACGACGUCCACAGUGGCAUCAACAUGAGCAACCACGUGGAGCAGGGCAGCACCUACAGCAACUGCUUCUCAGGUUCGGCGGUGGUGGACUGGCUGGUGUUCAUGCAGCUGGUUCUGACCCGUGGGGAGGCCAUGACGCUGGCCUCCGCCCUGGUGGAGGAGGGUUUCCUGCGGACCAUCGGCCUGAAGAGUGCCGAGGCUCUGCGCACUGCCGGCCUCAGCGAGCAGUUCAUGGACGACUCCACGGCGCUGUACAGCUUUUCUGACAGCUUAAAGAAGAGAGGGAGUGUGAAGGCGGAGUCUUCGGCUUCUGCAGUGGAGCUGAGUGGAAAAGUGAUCAAGAGAGGAUAUCUCCUUAAACAGGGACACAGAAGGAAGAACUGGAAGGUGCGACUGUUUGUGCUGCGUUCACAACCUUCAUACCUUCACUAUUAUGAUCCCACCAAGGAUGACAUCAGCCCUGCUGGCGGCUUCUCUCUGCGCUCCUGUCUGGUGUCGUCUCUGGGAGACAACGGAGUUCCUUCAGGUGUAAAAGGCAACGUUCAAGGCAACUUGUUCAAAAUCAUCACCCAGUCAGACACACAUUACUUCAUGCAGGCUCCGACCGAGCAGCAGAAGAUGGAUUGGAUUGAUGCCAUCAGGAAGCAGACGUAGAGUGGUUUUAAGAUUAGAAGAAAGAUUUACGCAUUCCAUGAAUGUUUACUGUAGCAGCCAACAAGCACCCAUGCAAUUUAAAUUAAUUUAACAUGCUUGCUUUCAACAUUGUGGUCACAAAACAUUUCUCUCAGAUACCAAUGCUUUCUGUUUGAUUAUCCUGUUUUUCAUUCCAUGCACGGACGAUUUAAAGGCGUUUCAUCCAGACACCAGUGCUGAAAGUACAUUUAGUCAAAUGUUUGGUACUUGUACUGUACUUAACUAUCUUCAUUUUCUGCUACUUUAUACUUUCUCUCCAUUCUACAUUUCAGAGAUAAAUAUUUCAUUCUUUGCUCCAUUGCUUUUAUAGGACAGCUGUAUAAAUGCAGAUGACCAUUGGACCUAAAACCACACUUUACAGGCUUGUUCAGUGUAUGAAUGAAUUAUUAGAUAUUCUGUUUAUUCUUAGGACUCCUUAAAAAUGGCCGUUUCCCGCUUUCAGAAGUUGAGAGAUUGAGAGUGUGAGAUUGAGUGUGAGAUCGUCUAAACAUCUGAUAAAAUGUUUGUCAUUUUACGUUUAAACAGGACGUUUAUUUGUCCGUGACAGCGUUUCUGCAGGUCUUAAGAAGUGUUGGACUCAAUUUUGGCAAAAAGAACAGUUCUUAGAAGCUAAAGUAAAAGUAUUUUUUCUUUGUAGUAUUAGUUAUUGAAAGUUUUAUGUGUGUGACUACGGGAUUGUCCCAAGACUGGGAUCGUCCUGACAUCAAUAACUCUCAUUGAAGUCAUCAAAUAAUGACUAAGCUUAAGUCUAUUGGCUCUUCAUCACAGUUUUAUUCUUUGUCCAGUAUGUGAAACAGGUAUUAAACAGUAAUCUAUGUGUAGUUACAAUUUAAAAGGUCUUUGAUUUAACGUGAUUUUAACUUCAGGUGAAUGGAUGUUUUAUAUGAUACUCUAAGUUAAGUAAAAUGAUGGGCGCCAAGGCGGGAGUACAAGCAAAGACAAGCAAAGACAAGGAAAGGCCUCGGGCAAUAUUUGUCCCAAUCAUCAUGUUUUAGUUCAGUCACAGACGGGCACUCCCUCUCUGCAAGCUGAGCAGAGCCUUUAUCAGUGACUCACGCUCCGCUGGGCUGCUUUACUGCCUUCUUGCACUGAAAUCAUCAGUGACGCAACACCUCAGUGUUUCAAGUGGCUCUACCGUCGUUCUGACAGACAAUCCAUGUCGAAAACAGCAAAACAUUUAACAACAAAGGGGAUUUAUUGCAGUGAAGUAAAGUCAGUAUGAAACGUUCACACGAAAAAUGCUCAGGGGAAAAGAAAAGCACAAGAACAUUGGUAGCUUUUCAAGGUUGUUGUUGUUGUUAAAAUAACAGAAAGUGUUACAUAAACCUCUGGAACCUCUGGAAACAACGCUUUGUGUUAAUGGCAUGCAAUGAAUAGCUUUAUAUUAUUACACAUGUUAGAGUACAGAAUGACAAUCGGUUGAUUUCAGAAACAUUCGUCUUCAUGCAGACGCUCGUAAGAGUAAGUGCUUUCAAAGGUUAACUCCCGAGGAAUCAAAGACAGACGUCUGAGGUUGCGUAUGCGCUCAGACGGAUGUAGCACUCCUUUUAGCAGUGACGCAUCACGUGUGUGCAAAUGUUCAUCGGGAAGA